AUGCCCAACGUAUUCUCUAAAUUAGUAUUACCGGAAUGGGCACUUUCCACAGUUCCUUAUAUCAAUAAUAUAUUUAGACAGUAUGGAAAGUAUAGAACAACCAUACAACGUUCGAUCAUAUUUGUCUUGAUCCUACGUUCGACUUUAUCUAUAAGAAGACUUAUUCUUGCUAUGAAAAAGAAAGAAACUACAAAGGCACCUAAAGAGUCAGGAACUAGAAAGAAGAAAGUUGAGGUCGAUGUAGUCUUCUUUAGGCAGCUUUAUAAGUUACUACAAAUUGUCAUGCCAGGAUUACGUUCAAAAGAGUUUUGGCUAUUGGUUUUACAUUCUGGAUUCUUGGUCUUUAGAACGGUAUUAUCUGUUUAUAUUGCCUCUUUGGAUGGCAGAAUUGUCAGUGCCUUAGUCAGAGGACAAAUAAAAGAAUUCAUUUUGGGCAUCAUCUGGUGGAUGACAGUUGCUAUUCCUGCAACUUAUACAAACAGUAUGCUGACAUAUAUGCAAAGCAAAUUAUCCAUCCAAUUCCGUACUCGUCUUACCACUUUUAUUCACGAAAAAUACUUGAGCGACAUGACGUUUUAUGCUGUUGGCAAUCUCGAUGAUAGAAUCAAAAAUGCAGAUCAAUGUAUCACUGUAGACACGAUGAAAUUCUCAAAUUCACUUGCUGAACUUUACUCUAACCUUGCCAAACCUAUCCUGGACGUGUGUAUCUAUAAUUACCAACUAUCCCGAAACGUCGGCUUUGAGGGCGUCUUUAUUGGAUCUUUAAUCACUCAGUUAUCUUCCAUUAUCAUGAGAAAGUAUACACCCUCAUUUGGUAAAAUGGUGGCAGAAGAACAAAGGUUGGAAGGUGAAUUCAGAUUCAGACACUCUCGCUUAAUCGACAAUGCAGAAGAAAUUGCCCUCUUUGAUGGUCAAGUGAUUGAAAAGGCUGAACUGGACAAGAGUUAUCAUGCAUUGAUCCGCCAUGUCAACCGUGUCUUCAGAAUACGUAUCCCGCACGGAAUGAUGGAAGACUUUGUCAUCAAGUACUUUUGGGGUGCAUGUGGCCUUUUGUUGUGCUCUGUACCUGUCUUCCUCCGUGUGCCUGGUGUAAAUACUUCAGAUACUUCUAUCGGUGGCCGUACAGAAGGAUUUAUUACGAAUCGUCGUCUAUUAUUAAACUCUUCUGAUGCUGUUGGCCGUAUCAUGUAUGCAUACAAAGAAGUUACUGAACUAGCAGGUUACACGAGCAGAGUUACUGACUUAUUACAGGUAUUUGAAGAUGUCAAAGCUGGAAGAUUUCAAAAAAACCUUGUUUCGUCCAUCUCCACAGAGUCUAAUGCCAAGACGCUACAAGGACGAGGCAAGAUUGUUCAAAGUGAGAAUAUUGAGUUUGAGGAUGUACCUAUCGUUAGUCCCAAUGGUGAUGUUCUUGUGCCAAAGCUUACUUUCCAUGUUAAGCCCGGUAUGCAUCUGCUCAUUGUUGGUCCAAACGGAUGCGGAAAAUCUUCCCUCUUUCGUAUCCUGGGUGGAUUGUGGCCUGUCUAUGGUGGAACAGUACACAAGCCAAGUCAUAAAGACAUCUUUUAUAUUCCCCAAAGACCAUAUCUCUCAUUAGGAACCUUAAGAGAUCAAAUUCUAUAUCCUGACACUAUUGAAGACAUGAAACAAAAAAGCGUCACUGAUGAAGACCUACUCGAGAUCUUGAAGGUUGUUCAAAUCGAACAUAUUGUUGAAAGAGAAGGCGGAUGGGAUAGUGAAAAGGAAUGGUCAUUAGCAUUGUCUGGUGGUGACAAACAGCGUAUCGCUAUGGCUCGAUUGUUUUAUCAUAAACCUCGUUAUACUAUUUUGGAUGAAUGUACCAGUGCUGUUAGUAUGGACAUUGAAAAGAUCAUGUAUACACAUGCUACUGCGCUCGGUAUUUCACUCUUGACAGUCUCACAUCGUCCUUCUCUUUGGAAAUAUCAUAAUUUCAUUCUUCAAUAUGACGGACAAGGAGGCUACGUAUUUACGAAAUUAGAUGCAGAAAAGAGAUUGGCUCUUCAAGAAGAGAAGAAUAUGAUUGAACAAAAGCUUCAAGAGAUACCAAAAUUACAAGCACGCAUACAUGAAUUAAUGGAAAUGAAGCAGUAA